GUGUGGCAGCUGUGGGAGUACCUGCGGGGACGAGCGCCGCCGCUCGGCCCGCUGCGCUUCCUCGACCAGCGGUGGCCGUGGCGCGCCUACGGCUGGAGGCCGCCGCUCGGGGGGGACGCCGAGGCGCUCCGGCGCUGGCAGGCGGGGGCGCCGGCCGCGGCGCUCGCUGCGGCCGGGGGCCUGAGAGACGCUGGCGCCGGGCCGUGCUUGGACGUGGAGCCGCCCGGCGCGGUGACCAGGCUCCACCGCGCCGAGGACGGGGCGCACGAGCUCGUCGCGGUGCUGAGCGGAGAGAAGGAGUGGCUGCUGUACCCGCCGGAGGACUCCGAUCGACUGCUCCCUGGCUGGGGCCUGUGCGAUCCGUGGCAGAGCCCCGUCAACCCCGCGGCCGAGCAGCCUCCGCUGGGCGCGGCGCCGCGGGCGGCGCUGCUGGGCGCCGGGGACGUGCUGGUGGUGCCGCGCGGCUGGUGGUGGUGGGCGCGCACGCGCGCCGCAGGGGUCACCCUGCGGCAGAGCGUGGUGGACGACGGCUGCGCCCGGGAGGUCGCGCAGGCGCGGCGCGCACGCGAGGACGAGCGCCGGGCGGCCGCGGAGGAGGGGCCCGCACUACUGCAGCAGGUGCGCGGCGCGGUGGGCGAAAGAGGCGGGAACGUCGCUUGGCUUCGCUGCGGGAGCGGACCGGCAGCGGCGAGGGGCCAGUACGUCGCCCUGCACUUCGCCACGUACGCCGAGGGGGCGGAGCUGGUUGAGUGCUCCCGCGGCGGACCGCACCCGUGCGUGGUGGAGGCCCAG